GCGUGUGAAAUACCUCAUCGGGGUCCGCGGUUGACCGAACUGUAGUUUUCUAUCUAUCAUAAACACCGACAAUAGAGGUAGAUAUUGACACUAUAUCAGCGCAUACACGCUGGCUGCAUUGACGGACAACUUAAAGGCAACCUCUCUAUACGUCAAAGUCUCGUGAGAGUGUCGGUAUUAACUGUGAAUGCAGCAGCCUUCGUCUCUCGCGACACUACGUUAACCAGAAUUCUUCGCUUUCAGGUCAAAAAGCUUUGAGGUCAUAGCAGAAGGUAAAUUGAAGACAGCGCGCGCGGUUCUCUGAACGAACCCCAUGAGCACACAGUUGCUCCCUGAUGGCUGGUCACCUCCUCAAAGUCUCCUCUCUGGCCACAGCAGUGUUCGCCUCCUCCGGGUUCUACCUCUACAACAGACAGCUGAACCUCAAUGACCUGAGUGUCGUCCGCUUUGGACGAGCCGCAGCCACCACGGCGGUCAUCAGUUUGGACUAUAUGACUGCUUUCAAACAUGUGGAAUACGACACGGAGAAGUACUGGGCGCUCAGGUCCAAGGUGCACCGGCGAUCCGCGGAGCGUCUUCGAGACUUGUGCUGUGCCAACCGGGGCACUUUCAUCAAGGUGGGCCAGCACCUCGGUGCUCUGGACUUCCUGCUGCCCGAGGAGUACACCUCCACGCUGAAGGUGCUCCACAGCCGAGCUCCUCAAAGCAGUAUAGAGGAGAUCCAGCAAGUCAUCAGAGAAGACCUCGGCAAGGAGCUGUCAGAGUUAUUUGUUUCCUUUGAGGAGGAGCCUCAGGGUGCAGCCUCUUUAGCCCAGGUCCACAAGGCAGUGCUGCAUGAUGGGAGGACAGUGGCCAUCAAGGUCCAACACCCCAAAGUCCAGAGACAGAGCUCCAAGGACAUUGCGACGAUUGAGGUGAUGUUGAAGAUGGUCCAUUGGCUCUUCCCAAACUUCGCCUUCAUGUGGUUGGUGGAGGAGGCCAAGAAGAACAUGCCACUAGAGCUGGACUUCCUUAACGAGGGACACAAUGCUGAGAAGGUGGCCAACAUGCUGGCCCACUUCUCUUUUCUCAAGGUUCCCAUGAUCCAUUGGGAUCUGUCCACAAAGAGGAUCCUCACCAUGGAGUUUGUUGAGGGGGGGCAGAUCAAUGACAAGGACUACAUGAAGGAACACAGCAUCAAUGUUAACGAGAUCUCGGAGAACCUGGGUAAGAUGUACAGUGAAAUGAUCUUCGUCCAUGGCUUUGUUCACUGUGACCCGCACCCGGGCAACGUGUUGGUCCGAAAGUGUCCCCGGAGCAAGAAGACCGUGAUCGCCCUGCUCGAUCACGGCCUUUAUCAGGUCCUUCAGCCAGGCUUUAGGUUGGACUAUUGUCGGCUGUGGCAGGCUCUGAUAAAAGGGGACAUGUCCGGGGUGGAACGUUACAGCCUCAGACUGGGAGCUGGAGAUCUGUACCCCCUGUUUGCCUGCGUGGUCACCUCUCGCUCCUGGACCUCCGUCAAUGCCGGCAUCAGUUCUGUUCCUGUCACACGCUCUGAGGACGUUGAGAUUCAGACCAAUGCAGCCCAAUACCUGCCCCAGAUCAGCGAGCUGCUGAAUCGAGUGUCCCGUCCGAUGUUGCUGCUGCUGAAGACCAAUGACCUGCUGAGGGGCAUUGAGACCACCUUACAGACCAGAGCCUCCUCCUCGUCCUUCAUCAACAUGUCCCGCUGCUGCAUACGUGCCAUGGCCAGGCACAAGAGGAGUAAGGCUCACUCCAGGACGAGGCGUCUCCAGAUCACACUCACAGAAUCCCUCAACCUGGGGAGGCUCACUAUGUAUGAACUCUUUCUGUGGGUGAGCGGCUCGCCGCUGGGACACUGGCUCACUGCUCUGCUGGCUUUUCUGCACUGAGACGCAUGUGGACGUCACACUGGGACAUUAUCAACAUACUGGACGUUAGUUUAUAACACACUGUGAACACAUUUUGAAUAUGUGCUCAUACACACACACACGCAUACAUGAGCUCCACUCAUCUUAAUGAUAGUUUGUAACUGUAUUUCUUUCACUCAAGAUGAAUUGUACUUUUAAGAUGAUUAUUGUCUGAGAAUAUUUCUCAUAAACUUUACUUGAACCGCUAUCUUACAUACAGUGUACAGUACCUGUGCUCACUGAGCGUAUGUGGAGACGCUGCAGAGAACUUCUAGGCCAUCAGACAAGAAACAGUUCCUCCACAUACUCCUGUUGCUUGUGUCAAAGCUCUAUUUUCGUUUUUUUUUUCUUUUAUUCGCUGUACUACAAAUUUCCUUUAAUAUGUUACGAUGGUGACUUGUUACAACUUCGGUUGUCCAUGGUUGGAUGUUUCAUAAUUUAUGAUAAAUAAAGUCAAAGGAAGCAGAAACGUAAGAAUUCAAGUGUACGAUGUCGUGAGUUGGACCCGUGUGUCACUUCUCUUCACUUCUCUGGUGACGUGUUUCAUCAUCUUUCACAAGUUCUCACCCUUUUUGUAAGCACAUCUUCUUGUUUGCUAAAUACCAAAACAGAAUAGUUGAAUAGAUUGUGUGCAUGUUAUAUAUUGAGUAUGUAGUGUGGAAUUGUGAUGUGGCACAAAGGAACGAGAAUAAGCCGUUGAAAGGACAGGGCGUUGAUAAACCUGUAAGAGAGGCAGAAAGAAUGAAAAACAGAAUGAAGCCUAAACAUGAAAUAUCCGUUCAUGUACAUUUACAUUCUGAAAAUAAAGUAGUAAGCACAUAAGAGAGAGAUGGCGUUAGAGAGGCAGCUUGAUUUCCUGAUUCCAUUAUCAU